AGUCAACCAUGUGCGGGCGGCCAGGAACACCACCCAGCUUGGCGGGUUCUCAGGUUCUGCUUCUGCUGCCCCUCCUGCUGCUGCUCUCGCCGCCCCCUGCCGCGGCGGCCCCCUCCGGCGUCGCCGUCCGCGCGCCCGGCCGCGGCCCGCCUCGCCCGCAGUACCUGGAGGCGGUGCGGCCCGUCGUGCGCAACGGCGAUGUGGCGCCGCUCGAGGCACAGGGCCAGCAGCCUCUCCAGCAGGGCCUCCAGCAGGGCAUCCAGGAGGGCAUCCAGGAGGUGCCAGAGAUGGUCUCGGCGCCCCGCAAGAGAGCCGCCAUCGUGCUAGACAAACUGAUGUUCGCCCUGCAGAAGGCCCUGGAUGACAACCCUCCUCCCGCCCCCGGGCCCCACCCUCCAGCCUACCCGAGGUCGCGACCCUUCGCUGGAACGAUGGACCUGCAGCGGCGAGGCAAUGGCGACGGGCGUCUCUACUGGCGGUGUUACUUCAACGCUGUCUCCUGCUUCUAGGCGGCGGGUCACGUACUGCUACGGUCUGAACCAACACACAAACCAACAAACGAAUUUACUGGAAGACAGAGAUGUUCACUUGGUACUUGAUGAUUUAUGUGUGUUAAAGUUUUUUUUCUUCUUAUGUUUUAUAUAUUCCAAUUGUAUUUUUUCUCAAUGGCCAGGUGUGUCUAAUUAAUUCAUUUGAAUACACAUCUUAUAGCAAUUAUUUACACAGAAGGUUAGAGUUACCUCAGUGAAAGCGGAUGUCAUUCUUAAUGAAGUAUUCCAGGUCUCCUAAAAAUAUUGGACUAAUGUACCGUAAUAUCGUUCUCCUUUGUCAAUGUUAUGGUUUAAGUGCUGUUUUAAAAUGUUGUACAUAUACAUAGGGAAGUGUUAUCAAGACUCCUACCAUUCAGCAUUCCGCAAUCGGUGUCAACCAUAUGUAGGCCUAUGGUAAUGCACGAUUUCUUUCUUUCUUUCCUUUUAAGAAGCAGGAACAAAAAUCACGCACGUGAGUUCCACAUCGUGUCACGUGUCAGUCAGAGGUGUAACCCGUGGGGCAUAGACAUUUUUUCAGAUGUAUCCCUGUGAGAAAAAAACAAACAAACAAAAAAAAAAACGUUUUCUCGAGCUGGUUUAAGAGAUAAUUAUGACCUGUUCUCUUGUAUUGCCGAAACAACAAUGCAUAUAAUGAUCCAGUACGAAAAAUAUAUAAUCGUCUCUCUCUCUCUUUGUCUCACCUUUCUGCCUCUCUCUCUCUCUCUCUGUCUCUGUCUCGCCUUUCUCUCUCUCUCUCCAUUUCUCUUCCAUGGUUGUUCUGCUAUCAUGAGGCUGUGGGACGUGACUGCAGUGUUAUCAGCUAUGUUUCCAGACCUUGAUUGCAGAUCCUCGGCGUGUCUAUAUGCAAUGAUGUGUUGCAUUGAUCGUGCAUUUGUAUACUUAGUAAUUUUAUUUAUCACCAACAUUCUAUAUCAUGUCUGCUCUGAAAUGUUGCGAAUUGUAAUCAUAUAAUAAACGUUCAGAUAAGA